CUUUCGAAAUAUCCGAAAUGGCCGACUUUGCAUACGAAAGAGUGUUGUGUGUGAAAAAUGAAGUGUUUGUGUACCGAAUUCCACCCAGACAAUCAAAUAGGGGUUACAGAGCUGCUGAUUGGAAAUUAGAUGCACCAGAUUGGACUGGCAGAUUACGGGUUAUUGCAAAAGGAAAAGAAUUAGUUAUGAAAUUAGAAGACAAAGAAAAAGGGGAUUUAUUUGCUCAGUGUCCUGUUGAUGAAUAUCCUGGUAUAGCUGUUGAAUCAGUUCUAGAUUCUAGUCGGUAUUUUGUUAUUAGAAUUAAAGAUGAAGGUGGGAGAAGUGCGUUUAUAGGUAUUGGUUUUGCUGAUAGAGCUGAUUCAUUUGAUCUCAAUGUAACGCUUUCUGAUCAUUUCAAGGGAUUAAAACAAGAUGAACUGGCUCAAGAUAGUUUAAAGGAGUUAGACAAGGGACCAAAACUGGAUCUGGGGUUUAAAGAAGGACAAACAAUUACAAUAAAUAUAGGUGGUAACAAAAAGUCUGAUUCAUCAAAGCCAAGGCCACGGGCACAAGGUGGAGGAAUACCAGGUUUAUUACCACCACCACCAUCAGCGGGUGCAAUCAAAAUAGCUCCACCGGCUUGUUCUGUAAGCCCUUCCCAUAAACCUAAACUCAUCUCACAACCUGCUAAUCCUAAUCCAAAUAGCACCAACAAUGUAGAUCUAUUAUUUGAUUUAGAACCUACAAAUAAUCCAUCUACAUUCCAACCUGUAAAUAAUCCACUUCAAUCAACACAAUCAACUUCAGAUCCAUGGGGUGAUUUUACCGGUUCCAAUACCAGCACAGUUACAUCUGCUAACAACAUAAGUUCAAAUAGUAGUGGUGAACCAUGGAUACAGUUUUGAUGUUGGUCUACAUGCGGUUGUGUAGUGUUGUUAGCUAGAACUGUGAUGAUAUUCUCAUAUUUACAACAAUAAAGAUAUGUGCAAUUACAGUAUUCCACAUGAAACUAUUCUGUGUUAUAUGUCUAGACUCAAGCCUUGUUGGCUAUAUUUAUGAAAAACAUAUUAUUCUUUGAAAGUACAUUAUCUUUUAGACAUGAUAAUAGUUCAGAUACUGUAUUUAUCUGUUAAAACUACUGACAAAGCUGGGCGAUAUUUCAGUUUUUCGAUAUCAAACCAUUGCAGAAAUAAAAAAGGUAAAAAAAAUAUUGUCUUCAGAAAAAAACGAACAUACCGCGAUAUAUUGCAAUUUUUACUUUUCUGGAUUUUUUAACAUAAAUAUUAAAAAAAUGUCUUCCUUUUUAUGUUAUUUACUAUAUUUUUUUUUUUCAAUGAUGAAUGAAUACUGUCAUAAACUCCCGAGCUCAUUCCACAAAGUUUGCUAAUGUCGUCAUGUAUCUCUGUUUACAUCACAUGACUCCUCGCUGACUUUUCCACCCGACUGAUACUGUUAGAAUUAUCACUGCUCCUGCUCAAUUUCUAUGUAUCCUAACUUAUUAUUUAUACCGAUACUUUGAUUUUUCAAAGGAAUCAUUGAUUUUCUGGGUAUUUCCAAUAUUUUAUGCAUGUCUAUUUACAUUUAAAAGGUGAUAAACUGAAAUUAUUGACAUUUUAUAAAAUAUCGCGAUAUAGUGACUAUAUCUCGAUAUUUUCAGAAAAUAUUGUGAUGUUUGAUUCCAGAGAUAUCGACCAGCUCUAACUACAUGUGGUAUAGUUGUUAUCUAAAAGAUAAUGUAACUUUAAUUAUUGCUAUGAGAAAUUGUAAAAAAAGAUGUUAUAGAGAAGUAAUAGUAAUGUUCUAUUAAAAUACAACAUAUAAUUUUCUUGUAAAUAAAAGGUAUAAUUGGGAGUUAUUAUUUGUGUUGUAAUACUGUAUUAGUGUAUAGUCUAUGAUUGGCUGACAUGUCACCUUAUCUAUUUAUUCAUAUAUUUCUGGUCUCCAAUGUUUAAAUUAAUACUUUAAUGAGAAUUUGUAUUCUUGUCAGUAAUGUUUUUUUAUGGUUCCAUUAAUUUGUGCACUUAUUUCACACAAAAUAAAUAAUUACCAUACUUUUCAGGGUAUAAGUCGAUACUUUUUAAUGCAGAAGACUAAAGUCGUGUCUUCGUGGUAUACUAGCAUUCGCUUAUACAUGAAUCAAGGUAAAAAAAAAAAAGGCGUCCCAAUAAAAUAAAUUCUUAGUACAUCCUCUGCUAAAUAAUAGCACUCUUACAGAGAAGUCAAAGUAUACUCUUCAGACAUGUGCUAUCAAAUACUACUUCAGUCCAAAUAUAUGUAGCUUGUUUAUUGAAAAACAUAACCCACAUUCAAAAGGCCAGAAAAUGUCAUAAGAUUAGUAUCUUAUUUUCUGCAUUGAUCGUGUGAAAAUUUUCACCUUUCGAGAUUUCUCGCGUCUUGUUAGAAUUCUACUUAAUAUUAUCAACAUGUGCGAUGAUAAACAAUGUGUAUAUUGUUUAGUAUUGAAAUAAAACCGGUUUUAAUGAACCCAGAACAUAAACAUGGAAUAGUACCCAAGUUAGUCGUACAUAUAGCAAUUAAUUAUUUUAUGUUAAUUGAUAUGAUGGGCCAUUGUUUUGACAUAGAUCGGUACAGUAUUAGACUAGGAUAACAUUCCCGUAUUUCAAUAAAAGAUUGCUAUGGAAUAGAAAAACAUGUCUUAUACACGCUGCAACGUGGCUAUGGAUGAAGGUCUGAAAAACGGUAAAAUAUUUUAAUUCGACUUGUACUCCACAUCGACAUAUACCCUGUAAAAUACAGUAAAGGGUGUGUGUGUGUAAAUUUUGCCAUUAUUAUUUAUUUAUUCAAACUAGUAUUUAAAUGUUGACUAUGUUGUAGUAUUAAAAGGAUUGAUCGGAUGGUGAGAUGCCCACCAUGUAGUUAAUACUAAUACUUACAUAUAGUUCAAUCCCUGUGGUCGAUAUUUUCAUAGAAUCGUUCACUUUUUGACAAAAGCAUGAACAUUGGCAUAUAGUAGUUUUUUUAUGUUGUCUUUGGAAUAAAAGCGGGACACACACGAUCUGAACCAAUUAUGGGCCGCCAUUUUGGAUUCAAAUUGGCCGCUUCCGAAAUAUGAGAUUUUGGCUUCACGAUACGAUAGAAACUUGAUCUAAGUGUCGAAAUCUAUGUUUUAGCACCAACUGAAUUCACCAUAUUAUCAUAUUGUCAUGUUUAGUUACCGAAAACACACAUCUUUGACUUUAUGCUCCGAGCUUCCGAGAACUGCCGCGCUUCACUAGAAAACGCCUGAAAUCGACAUUCACGCGGUUUUUGGAUUAAACUCAUUAUAAUGUUAACGAUAAUAAACGAUUACUAGUAAACUUGAUGAGCUUCUAAAAUUUGAAUAAACGGAGGAAAUAAAAUUGAACGGUGGCCGAAAAUGGGGUCAGAUCUCGUGUGUCCCGCACUUAUUCGUAAGAGAACAUCAAAAACUACCUAAUGCCAUUUUUUAUGCUUUUGUCCAAAUCUGAACGGUUUUUGUCUUAAGCGACCUGACUAGUACAGGUAAUAUAGUCCUCCUCACAAGUCUAUGUUUCACAAAUUUAAAGUGCCACAGAGUCUGUUUUGUUACAGCGAGGACAGUUAUUAAGGUUGUAAAGAUAUUAUUUAUUACUAUCAUGUUACUUUAGAAGAAAAAUGAUCCAUUAUGUUUGCUUGUUCUAGAAUAAUAUUCACCACUUAUCAUUUAUCUAAGAAAACCAGUAAUAUUUCAGUCUGAUAUAUUAUUAUAAAUGCCAAGCACACAACUUGAUUACGUGUACAACCAAGGCCAACAAUAGAAUAAGUGUUUGAAUUACUAUAAAAUCUUGUCCCUCUUUGUUAAUUGGUGAUAACUUCCCAAUGAUCACAAUUAUUGAUCACACUGUUCAUUUAAUCCCCAAAAUAGCCCGAGCUUCACUAAAUCAAUGAUAAUUUUACUUUUAUUUUAGAUGUAAUGUAAAAUAUUUAAGUGGUUGUUAAAUGUACAAGUAUAUUGUUGUGUUAGAUGUUUUGUAUACAAUAUCUAAAUACAUGCAGUAGACUGUUUAACUAGACUAUUGUUUAGCUAUAUUAAAGAUACUUUCCCGCGUACAAACUGUGUGAUUUGGUGAUAUAUUUGGACUAGAAAUAUAUUCAAACUAAUUAAUCUAUCAAAAAUUUGCUUCAAAUCCCUUUUAAAACUUUGUAUUUGAAGGGAGAUGCCCCAAGCUAUAAAUAAACUGUUGUUAGAAGCCAUGUCUGUCACCACACUUCAUUGGGGCAGGGUCCAUUUUUCAGAAUAUAUUAUUCAUUACUUACUGGGGGGUUGGAUGGCUGAAUGGUUAGCGUGCGCGCGCUGUAUCAUAAAGUCUGUCAUUGAGUCGACUGGCGUGGUUUCGAAUCCCCGGUUGUACGUGGCAAGGAGUAGGGUUGCCUGUCCAACCUCGUGGGUUUUCUCCAGGUCCUCUGGUUUCCGCCCACUGCUAAAGACCCCUACGCGCAAGCGAAUUAUGUAAAUAAAAAAUUAAACCAUAUGUUAGUCCCGAAAUGACCUAGUUUGUGUCGAGUGGACGUUAAACCCCAUUUCUCCCUCUCCCUCUCAUUACUUACUGUCCAUUUACCAUGCAUAUUGAGGCCUAAGUAAAUUCCUAAUUAUUUUCUGUUAUCUUCUUAUUCUGCUGUUUAAUUGACACCCCUAAAUGUUCCCCAAACCGCCUAACCAUUUGAUCAAAAAAUAACAACCGCCCCUUCAGUCAAGCUAGCACACAAUACGCUGGCAAACAACAGUCGGGUUGCCAGUUAGUAAUACCCUGACAUUUUUGCCCAGUGGUUUUUUUUUUCGUUUAAUCCAGUAUUUUUCUAGCAAGAUUGGGUGUCUAUACUUUCCAUUUAUACUACAUUCACCAUACUUAUUGGAAAUAUCAACCCGAUAAAUACUUUCGGGACAAUGUAUCUUUAAUAUAAUGUUCUGUUUAUGACAAUGUGUACUAUAAUUGCCUAGUUGUAUAGUAGAACAGUAUAUAUAACAUAUCUCCAGUGUGAGUCAUUUUACUCCAGUACUUUAAACAUGGAUAAUAUAUUCUUUAUAUUUAAUUACUGCUGAUCACAUGCUACUUCACAAUCUCGAUCUCAUAGCUAAGUUUCCCCUUUUUCGUUUAUCUCUGGUAAUACUCGCCGGCCAUUUUGAAUGUCACGCGAUGUAUUCUUCCGUCGAUCGCUUCACAAAGGUCCAAGAUGGCGGCUCAAACUCGCGUUUCUUCAGAAAUUUCACGUAUUUAACCGAAUAACUCACAUUGUGCGCUAAAAAGGGUUCCCGGUAAAUCAUCAAAUCGGCUGAUUUCGAAUGAACUUUUGAUGUCAAGAUGUGGAAAAUGUUCCAAGGAUCAUUAAUAUGUAACUGAUGUAACGAAUCGAGAAAUCGGUAGCAUUUCAUUCUAACAAAUCCUGCCAAUCAGUAGUCACCGGAGGCGGAACUUUGGGACCGGUUCACGCUGUUUAAUGGCCAGCGAGUUUUGCCAGAGAUAAACAAGGGGUAAAGUUGUCUCUGGGAUCGAGAAUGGCUACUUCACGGUCUCACCAGUUACCGCGCACACUUCCACAUGAAGGAUAAUGCAAGGGAAAGAUAAACCAGUAGUAUAUGUUGAAGUAUGAAAGUUUUUAAUUUUAUGUGAAAGAUUGAGUUGACACUUGAGUAGUAUUUAGAAAGUCACAAUUAAUUCGACACCUAUAAAACAAGGGAUUAAUCUCCAACAAUAAAUAUGGUUAUAUCAUUUACUUAAAUACAAUAUUAUUCAAAUGUUUUAAUUGGCAGCAUUUAGAAAUUUUUGCAAUAUGAUAUGAUUAUUAUUGUCAAUUAGAACUAAUAAGUUAAUUUUAAAGAUGGUUAUUGUACCCCGCCUUUCGAAGAAAGCAGGGGACUAUUAAAAUGCGUUUGUCCGUCUGUUCGUCAGUCCGUCCGCCCGUCUGUCUGUCUGUCACACUUUUUUGACACAAUAACUCUCCUAAUUGAGCUAGAAUGUUCAAACUUGGUGUAGGUGUUUAUUAGGUCAAUGCCUUGACGGGAUUAGAAGUUGAGCAUUUUCUGCUUAGGGUAAGCAGAGAUAAGCAAUUUGAUUGGUUGCUGCUUUGGGACAUGACAACUUUAGUUCUAAUUAAGUGAGAGUGAUGAAACUUGAUGUAUAGUUUCAUUACAUCAAUACCUUGUCUAAGUUCGAUAAUGAGCAUUUUCUGCUCAGGGUAAGCGGAUCGAUAAGCAAUUUGAUUGGUCGAGACUUUGGAACACUCCAACCUCGUGGAUUUUCUCCGGCUCCUCCGGUUUCCUCCCACUGCUAAAGACCCCUACGCGCAAGCAAAUCAUUGAAAUAAAAUUAAACCAUAUGUUAGUCCCGAAAUGACCUAGUUUGUGUCGAGUGGACGUUAAACCCCAUUUCUCUCUCUCUACUUUGGAACACAAUAACUCUCCUUCUAAUUGAGCUAGAACUUGGUGUAGAUGUUUAUUAGGUCAAUGCCUUGAUGGUGUUCGAAGAUGAGCUUUUUCUGCUUAUGGUAAGCAGAGAUAAGCAAUUUGAUUGGUUGAUGCCUUGGGACACGAUUUCUUAUAUUUAGUUCUAAUUAAGUGAGAGUGAUGGAAUUUGGGUGUAUAGUUUUAUUACAUCCAUACCUUGACUAAGUUCAAUAAUGAGCAUUUUCUGCUCAGAGCGAUGAGCAUUUUGAUUGGCCGAGACUUUGGAACACAAUAAUUCUCAUUCUAAUUGAGCUAGAAUGUUCUCAUUUGGCGUAGGUGAAUGCCUUAAUGGAAGUGAGAGUGGUGAAACUCCGAGCAUAUAUUCAUUAUAUCAUUACCUUGACUAAGUUCGAUGAUGACAAUUUUCUGCUCAGGCUGAGGAGAGAUAAGCAAUUUGAUUGGCCAAGACUUUGGAACAUAACAACUCUGCUUUUAAUUGAGGUAGAAUAUUUAAACUUGAUGUAGAUGUUUAUUAGGUGAAUGUCUUGACCGAGUUCAAUGAUUAACAUUUCGAGCUAGAGCUAAGCAAUUUCAUUGGUCAAUGCUUUAGGACAAGAUAACUUUGAUUCUAUCUGAUAGUGAUAGAGAGUGAUGAAACUUAGUGUAUAGUUGAUAAUCAGUUUAAUUGCUUGAUACUUUUGAAAAAUAUAAAUGUGCGAUAAAUUAAAAUGUGUCAUUUAUUUAUUUAUUUUGGGAUUUCGCGGGGGACAUCAGCCUCACUGAUGGCUUGUUUAAGAAUUAAAUCUGCUUAUUGCAGGUUUUUUUUCUGGCUUCCAAUGUUAUAUAAAUUAUAUACAUUUAUUCGUAUGACAAGCCUGUAAUAAACUCUCUAGACUAUCACCAUAUAAUCAUCUACGGUUAAAUGAACAUAAUAUAAUAAAACAACUGACAAAGGAGACUUUAUUAUCAUUACAAUGGUACUUGACAAUCGGCUGUUGAUGUCAAAAUUUCAAACACUCAUAACUUCGUUCAAAAUAAAGUAAUUUGACUGAAAUUUUCACUGUAUUCAUUAUCUAUUUUUGAACUAUUUAUAGCAAGAACGACCAGCUCUUGAUCUAAAUCUUACACAAAACAUGUUCAAGUUUUUAAGCUAUUGAGUUUACAUCUAGAUUCAAAUCAAAAUACCUUUUCUCUUUCAUAGUACGUUCCAGGCCUGAUAGUGUGCACAUCAGUAGAACCCAUUUCUUUGUAAACCACGUUAGUGGAAGACGUAUUGUAGACUAAUAAUAUCUAUAUUGACAUUCCUACCUUCUUUAGAUAGUAAAAUAUAUCUCUGAAAUAAUGUUUAGAUCUUGGAAUAGUCAUGUAUUAUUGCCAAGUAAUAUUAUCAUACAACAGUUGUCUCAUUCAAUUACUUAUUGUAUUUAUUGUAAAAUAAUACUGUUAUAUUUUGUUUCUGUAUAUAAAGCUUUCAUUUAUA